AUGUCUUCAAGUCUGGAGUCGAUCGAAUUGCCUCAUUUGCCGUCCUUGCCGGUGCAUGUGGCUCUCUAUCGCGAUGUCCAAAAUGCCGCAUAUCUGAAAGCGCAAUUGCUCGCUGGUCAGGCAGAUUUUGAAUAUGCUUUCGUUGAUGCAAGCAUGGUUCUGUCAAGGGCCCAUGUUAUUGCCGCGGUGUUCAGAGCCCUCAAUGAUUACUCGCACAACCGGUUAAGGUCCCAUAAUGUGCAUUCCGAGAUUGUGUUCUCACUUAACCCCACGAAUAAUAUUGCCGAAUCAUUCCGCAGAUUCGGUAUCACUGAUUCGACCACGGAUCUGUUGGUGAUCAAGAUUUCAACCUCUUCAGAGAUAACACAUGAGACGGUUGCUUCCCACCUGGCCAACUCUGUGCAGGGAACACCCGUCAAUUUUGACGACCAGAUUCUCUUUGAACUGGCAGAUUUCACCAAGAUUAAGAAAGCGUACAAGCUAGGAGCUCUUCCUUCACCAUCCAAGGCAGCCGAUCAAGUCACCUCCCCAGAGAACAUUGAGACCAAGCAGCGACUUGAAAAGUCCUUGGUUGGGGCAAUUGCUUUGAGGGGAUCAUGA